AGUGGGUCACUGGAAAAUGGACGAACAGACCGGUGACACUGUAGAUGAUGACUCCGGCCACGAGAAUCACGCCACAGCCAGUGGAGGUCCUGUUCCUGCACGGGGUAAGUUCACUCGAGGACGCUACUUCAAYUCUGCAGGGGUCAUCACUGUUCCCCAUAGUCCUGGCAUCGAUUUCGGGCACUCCAGCUUUUCCGUGUCUGGUUGGAUCAAAGUGCUCGACGUCACCUACCCGAGAACAACCUUCGCUGUCAGGAAAGGCUUUGGCUGCUAUUUUGGUCCCGGUCGCAAAGGCUGGUUUCCCGGAUGGGAAAUAGGUCAUGGUUACAACCCCAACGCAAUUGCAGUCUGCAUGCGUGACCAUAAAAACAACACUAUUGGCAACGUCUUGGUUACCCAUGACGACGGUUACAAACCACAUCAGCUAGUUGGCAAGUGGGCCCACUAUGCGUAUGCUUUUGAUCGCUCGGCCAAAAAGAUUCGCGUAUACGUGAACGGAAAGAAGCAGAGUAACCAAGUGGACAUYAGCAAGAUUACUGGAAGCGUGACUAACAACAAGAACCUGGAGUUURGUAAUAUGUAUGGAUGGCAGACUAAAGGAACACUGGAUGAAUAYAGGUUGUACAACUACGCCUUGAACGACGCAGACGUGAAGCAGAUGUACUUGGACCACAGAGUGUGAACCGCAUGAUACGCCUUCACACAACGGUUUUUUGUGACGUCGAAUGGAUACCCUUUCAUUAGAUAUGCGCGUUAUAUAAGUUAAACUGAUAAUGAUUAGAUACAAAAGCCGUGACUAUGAACAAGGUCCUCCAUAGUCUCUUGGUAGAUAGUUAAUUUGGCUCGUUAAUGCUCAAAUAAAUGUUAAUUGCAAGA